GUGCCGCCCGGGGCCGUACGCGGGGAGCGUCUGUCGGUUCGCCGCGUCCCGAGCGCGAGCCGAAGCCGCGUGCCGAGCGUGCCGAGCGCGCUCGGCCCGACCUGUGCGCACGCGCGGCGUGGCGCGGCGCGGCCCGGCCCUCCCCCUCUCCACCCCUCCGCCUGGCGCUGCCGCGCUAGGCGCUACCGUCCCCCAUGGACCCCAGUACUCUCGCCGCCAUGGACAAGGACGCGCUGAAGAAGCAGAUCGAGAACAUGAAGUACCAGGCCACGAUGGAGCGCUGGCCGCUGUCCAGAAGCAUUGCAGCGAUGCGGGAGUUCGUGGAGGAGAACGAGAAGAGUGACCCCCUGAUCCACGCACCGGACAAGAAGAACAACCCCUGGGCGGAGAAGGGAAAGUGCUCCAUAAUGUAAACGGCAGGCGUCGCCCCUUCCAGCGCCCCCAUCAUCCCCCGACCCGCAGCUCCAGGUGGAGAGUGGGGUGGGAGCCCCGACCAAGAGGUGUGUUCAUAAAACAAGUGCUUAAGUCGUUCCAUAACAAUAAUAAUUGUAAUUAUUAUUGGUAUACUGAUGUUCAAAAGAAUCAUUAAUCGUUAUUGUUCUAAAAAUUCCUGCAAUGUGUUGUAAAUCAUGAAAAUGCCAUUUUCACACCUACCUUGAUAAGUAAACAUAAUUUAUGUCAUUGUGCUAAGUUUUAUUCCAUUGUCAAAUUUGUGUGUCUAUUGUGUUAUUGAGUAAACAUGACUGCAUGUCAUACACAAGGGCUGCCCUGGAUGUCAUGAGUGCAGAUGUGAUUCUGAUGAGUGAUUUUUGAACAUGACUGUGAGGCCAUGUCUCAACGUCCUAUGGGAAGCUGAGAAUGAGCCCAUUUCUAUACUCUAGUCCAGUGGCGUGUCAGUGAACCAUUGAAUUAGUUGCAGUUGUCAUCCUUCGUCCAAGUGAGUGUCCUGAUUUUCUUUCACACAGGUAUUGUCAAUUUUCAGUACAUUCCAGUAAACUGUACAUGUUAUUGUCUAGGUGUCUCCUUUUUGAAGUUUUUUUGUUAUUCAAUUCAUGGAAGCUGCUUUUCAUUAUAAAUCCAUACAGAUUUGAUACCUUAAGAAAAGUUGCACGCCACUGUUUUAUAUUCAUAGUCAUAUUCUGUAAUCGUUCCAUGUAGGUCAAAUUUGUUACUUAGUGUUGAUAAUGCUAUGUUGCUUGAAAGGUACCUCACAACAAAGUGAUUCAUUUUACAUGUAUGAAUUGUUGUGAGAUAGUGCAACAGCUCAAUUCUUUCAUAAAUGAAAUCAAAUUUCUUCUUGGAAAUUUUAGCCAAAAUCUUUUGUUUAGUAGUUUUGAUGAGUUCCAGCUUAUAAUAUCCUAAACAGUGCAAACCAUCUGCAACCAUCUAAACUCAUUAAGUAAACAAAUAUUAAGAUGAGCCCAAAGAUAAAUUUUUGUUUAAUGUAGGUAAUAUUGAGCAUGUCAAACUUCUUCAUGAUGCAAUAAUGUUCAGCUAUGGAUAUGGAAUUGCAGUCUAGUCAUAUGAUAUUUACAUUUCUAAGUUACAUGGCAUAGUUUGGGUCACAUCUAAAAUUUUAUUUAUCACAUUAAUCAAUAAAAUUGUGAAGAAAUUUAAA